AUGCCUUCUCAAUUAUCCAGCUGGUUCGCGCGCCACUGCACCCCUCCGCCGCCUCUCAACACUUCCUCGGCAUGCCCCUGCGCCAACUGCUACAACCUGGGCACGGAUGUCGCGCCCCGGCAGCACAGGCAACGGCAACCCCAGCAACAACAACAGCGGCCGUUCGUCCGGGCUCUCGACGACGCGAGUCGUAGGCCAAGCUCCACAACGCCGGCCGACUCCGACUCCUUCUCCAUCUGCAGCGUCGCCGAGAAGCCCGGCACGACGAUAACGACCACGACGCACAUUGAACGCGUGACGCCGCAGUAG